AUACAAUGUAGAUUGCUAACAUUUCUUAUUUUUCACUUCUAGAGCGAAACGAUUAGAGGAAGAGCGCUUAAAUCUUCUCUGGCAAAUCCCGUUUGAGUCAUUGGCCAAACCCAAUGCGAAGUCUGGAGCACAAAGCUCUCGAUCAUUGCAAAGUUCGAUGUCUACCAGUACAAAGUUGACCAUUGAUUCAAAGAGGGACACCGUUGGACAUAGUUUCUUCUUGCUUGGAAAUGACUCUGUUGUCGCGAGAAAGCAUAGAGUACGGACACUUUUGUCGAAAUCUGAUUGCGCGGAUUUGCGAAAGGUAGAGUGGAACCCUCACAUCGACUUUUUUCAAAUGAGCCCUUUAGCUGCGAAGCACCGACCACGACAACCUUUGCCGAUUCGUUGGCCUAUGUAUGGAUGCUCCGGAGCUUCUUUCGCUUUGGAGAUAUUGCUCAAGAGGAUCGUUAAAGGUACAUCCAGGAUCUGUGGAGAUGUGAUUGAAAAAGGAUCACUGCAGAUGGACUGGUUCUUCAAAUAUGCGCUUAUCAGAGAUAUUUGCGAGGCCGUUCAUUUCCUUCACCAUUCUUCAUUUGGGGCACAUGGCUGGUUGAGCUCCUGCACAUGCCUGGUAGAUGAAAGAUGGCAGGUAAAGGUUACCUACUACGGUUUGGACACUAUCAAGUCUUUAGAAGUGAAGGAGCAAAAUAAACUGUUGUGGACUGCACCUGAGCACAUACGUGAUCCAUUAAUGAAAGCUACAAAAGAAGGAGAUAUUUACAGGUUGCAAAUAAUUUUUUUCAACCAACUCCAUCAAUUUCUUAAUUGCAGUUUUGCCAUCAUUUGCUCGGAAAUCGUGACCAAAAAGUCACCAUGGGAUUUGGAAAAUCAAGAAUACGACCUUGAUGAGCUAAUUUACAAGAUCAAAAGAGGUGGGCGAGCACCUAUUCGUCCUUCGUUGGACACAGAUGAUGAGCACAACGCAAGCAUGUCGCUGCUGAUACGGGACUGCUGGGCUGAAGAACCUGACCAGAGGCCAUCUACUGAUCAGAUCAAGUCGCUGAUCAAAGGAUUCAACCAUAACAAAUCUUCAAACUUGAUGGAUCAUGUCUUCAACGUUUUGGAACAGUAUGCUUCCAAUCUCGAGGAAGAGAAACCCUUGAGACACUGUCAUCUCUCGUUCCCAGGUCCAAGCAAGAAUGAAGGAACUGACAGAAGAGAAGAAGAAAAGCGAUAUUCUCUUAUACAGAAUGCUACCAAAGUGAGCAAAUUCAGUAGCAUAUGUACAGACCAUCCCACUGAGACUGUUACAUCUUCAGUGGCUCGGGCCGUCUGGCGCGUGGGAGAAUGCGCAGAGCUAGGCAACCGCGAACGC